CCAAAAUGGAUUGAAUCUGGGUUACUCAGGAAAUGGAAACUGCACUGCGAUAAGUCCCAUCAGAGACGUGGACAGCGAUGCCACAUCUCGCCCGCUGCGAGAUACCCACCACCUGUUAAGCCGGAAUAUCUGGUUGAUACUUGGUUGGGUUAUAUAACUCUGGCACAAACGCUUGCUCCCGCCGACGUCGACUACGUGACGCUGAGUUAUGUCUGGGGACCAGUCCAACCGUAUACAACGUUGAAGAAAAAUCUGCACAUGCUACAAACUCCGGGUUCUUUGGCAAAUCCACUGGUGCUGUCGAAACUUGCGAACACGGUAAAAGACGCCAUUGCGCUCUCGGCGCUGCCCAAGGAACGAUACCUGUGGAUUGACACGUUCUGCAUUGUACAAGACGAUGACAAUAUGAGACACCGUCAGAUAAACCACAUGUCUUCCAUCUUCGCGAAUUCCCAUUUAACCAUUGUUGCUGAGGAUGGCGACAAUGCAAAUUAUGGACUGAGAGGGUUACAAGGAGUAUCGAAACCAAGAGAAUUCAAACAAGAUCUCCACCGUCUGACAUCGCAGGUCAAGCUACUGGCACGGUCUGGUUCCUAUGACCAGCCGUCAGUGUGGAGCAAAAGAGGAUGGACCUUCCAGGAAGAACUCUUUUCUCCGAGAAAAUUAAGAUUCUAUAACCAGGUGGCUCGAUGGGAGUGUCCCCAUUCAUUUUGGAGCGAAUAUAAUUGGCAAAGCGUGAGCCAAGGCGGUACCAUCUCCAGCGCUAUCCCUGGGACCGACGAACCGGAAUCCAUUGAGGUCUUCUCUGUUCCAUUUGCUUCUCUUUCUGGAUAUUUGAAGCUUCUUGGGCGGUACAACGACCGGGAUCUAUCUUAUCAGAAGGAUUCGCUCUUUGCAUUUGCUGGGAUAACGACCGCGUUGAGUCGUGUCUUUCCGGGCGGUUUCAUUUCAGGGAUCCCCCAAAUGUUUUUCGAUAUUGCUCUUCUAUGGCAACCGAUUGGAGACGCGAAACGGAGAACACCAAAUCGUACCAGUGGAAGCAAGUCUUUGCUUCCUAGCUGGUCUUGGGCUGGAUGGCAAUGUAAAGUGGAUUAUAGAAGCUGCGAUCCCGCAUUCAGCUACUUCAAAAGUUCAAAAUUCGGGGAGGAGGCCAUAUAG